AUGGCCUCAGCAUCGAUCUCAGACGCUUGGACGCCAAGCAGCUGGCGAACAAAGCCGAUCGCCCAAGAUGUGCUCUAUCCGGAUCAAGCAGAGCUGAACAGGGCUACGGAGAGAUUGAAGCAGUUGCCAGGUCUGGUGACCCCAUUCGAGAUCGAAAAGCUGAGGAAGCAGCUUGCAGAUGUAGCGGAUGGCAAGGUGGGCCAAGCUAUGAACCUUGUCUGCGCUUGCUCAGUAGAAAGUACGCUGACAUCCUCUUCACUCGUGACUGCGCGUUGUACAGGCCUUUUUGUUGCAGUCUGGCGAUUGCGCAGAGUUGUUCACAGACUGCGUGCCUUCAAAGAUCGAUGCCAAGGUGAAGCUCAGCUUGUUGAUGAGCUUGAUCCUGAUUUGGGGUGGCAGAUUACCCGUGGUGCGGGUCGGAAGGAUAGCAGGGCAGUAUGCCAAGCCGAGGAGUAAAGCCACAGAGGUUGUCAAGACUGAAGAUGGAGAGCAGGUAGAAGUGUUGACGUUCAGGCAAGUGUCACCAAGAGACAGUCAUCAGGACAUGGGUGUGCGUGCAAAUGCAUCCGAGGAACACUUGUUGACGCCCGUGCCUCAUUCUUGAUUCCCACAGAGGAGAUAAUGUAAAUGCGUUUCAAGCCUCUGCCUCUGCAAGGAGACCGGACCCCGAACGGCUACUGCAAUCCUAUUUUCAUUCUUGCGCUACACUCAAUCACAUCAGAGCAUCUCUCGGCAGUGGCAUUGCAGGUGCGCAGCACGAGCCUCGGCCAAUCAAAUUGGGCGGCUGAAGCUCAUCGCCUACACCUUGCAACCUUGCAGACCUACACGCUCCGCAGAGCUGGUCCUUGGCUCACGUCAGAUCGCCAGCGCUGCAACGUGAAUUUUCUAGCGUCAUAGAAUCGCUCGAAGAUGCGCUGCAUUUCAUGCAAGUCGUUGGCGCUGAUAGAAACGAGCGAAGCUUGGAAAGCGUAGAUUACUACACCAGGUGGGUGCUCCUCUCUCACGCCCAACGCCGAAGUAAAUGCGCUCGCUGAUUUCCUGUUCCAAACAAUCAUUAUGCCUAGUCACGAAGGGUUGAUGCUCGAGUACGAGGAAAGUCUGACGCGCGGUAUCGAGAGUUCUCGAAUGUCCAAAUCAAAAUCGCAGGCGCCGAACGAAUCCAAUCAUGCAUCGCACUACGCUCUCAGCGCGCACACCCUGUGGUUGGGCGACAGGACUCGUCAACUCGAUGGCGCUCAUGUGGAAUACUUCCGCGGCCUGAUCAACCCCAUCGGCAUCAAGGUUGGGCCAAGCAUGAAGCCGGGCGAAUUGGUGGCUUUGCUGGCCAAGGUGGACCCAUUUGCUGAAAAGGGGAGGUGUACAUUGAUCUGCAGAUUCGGAGCUGGCAAGGUGGGGGAAGGCUGAAUGCGUGCUUGUGAAGUCGCUUCUGCUGAUGCUGCAAUUUCUGCAUUGGCAGGCACCUUCCCUACUGCCGCCCCUUAUCCAAGCCGUCCGAUCAUCGCCGCACGCAAAUAGCGUCAUUUGGUGUAGCGACCCCAUGCAUGGCAACACUCGUUCUUCGCCUCUAGACCCUAGCAUCAAGACACGUCGCUUUGGCGACGUGGUGACGGAGCUCGUGGAGAGCUUGCAGGUGCAUGCGGUGGAGAGAAGCAGGCUAGCAGGCGUGCACCUAGAAUUAACAGGAGAGGUCAAUGCGAAGGGAGAGAGCGUGACAGAGUGCGUUGGUGGCAGCAUGGAGCUAUCGGAUGAAGACCUCAGUCGGCGGUACUUGGUGAGUAGAAUGUGCUGUUUUCAGGUGCGGGAUGCGAUGGGCUAAUACACUACUUCCCCACUUGUCGCCUCGACAAUCAAACAAGACCCAUUGCGACCCGCGUUUAAACUACGAGCAGUCCCUCGACGUCGCUUUCUUGCUUUCGCACUCGUUGCGCAGUCGCAGACUGGGCCGAUCUUCAUCUGCAAGCAGAUCGAGAACACGAGAAACGAGUCCGACCUCUUCACCUAUUCCGCCAAGCGAUAACGCGCAGAACAGGGUAUCGCACGGUGACAAGACGCAUCCCUCGCUUCUGCUGAACGAGGACGAAGAUUCGCUGCUCAAGGAGCUCGUCAGAGGCAUUUCGAAUCGGUCUUGA